CCCUCCACUUCCCAUAACUGAAUUGUUUUGUACUCUCUGCCACCGCUAAGCCCAUCGCUCUCCGCCCGAGGUAUGGCCACCGGCAUUCGUCUCCGCCGCCUCGCCGCCAUCGCCACCGCCACUGCCACUGCCGCCACCGCGUGGACCUCCCUCUCCCCCGCCGUCUCAUCCAACGACCGCAGCGGCCCCCCCGCCCUCGAGUCCAUCCGGCGGAAGAUCAGCGAUCCUAGCGCGGUCGUCCCGCCGCGAGCCGUCCAGGGAGAGACCCUCGCCGGCGCUAGCUCCGCCGACCCGCUCGACAUUCUCGUGAUCGGGGGAGGCGCCACUGGCUGUGGUGUGGCUCUCGACGCUGUCACCCGCGGGUUCCGCGUUGGCCUUGUGGAAAGGGAGGAUUUCUCAUCCGGCACCUCCUCGAGGUCGACAAAGCUAAUCCAUGGAGGUGUGCGCUACCUGGAAAAAGCUGUUUUUAAUCUCGACUAUGGACAACUGAAGCUGGUAUUCCAUGCGCUUGAGGAGCGAAAACAGGUCAUUGAGAAUGCCCCACACCUCUGUCAUGCUCUACCUUGCAUGACUCCGUGCUUUAACUGGUUUGAGGUGGUAUACUACUGGGCGGGCUUGAAAAUGUAUGAUUUGGUCGCAGGACGGCACCUGUUGCACUUGUCUAGAUAUUAUUCUUCAGAAGAGUCUGUGGAGCUCUUCCCAACCCUUGCAAGAAAAGGGAAGGAUCGAGUGCUAAAGGGCACAGUGGUCUAUUAUGAUGGACAGAUGAAUGACUCACGGCUUAAUGUUGGGUUAGCAUGCACUGCUGCACUAGCUGGUGCAGCAGUACUUAAUCAUGCAGAAGUGAUAUCCCUCCUUAAGGAUGAAACUAGUGGGAGGGUAAUUGGUGCUCGUAUUCGGGACAAUAUAUCAGGCAAAGAGUUUGAUACUUUUGCAAAAGUCAUAGUCAAUGCGGCUGGGCCAUUUUGCGAUUCUGUGAGGAAGAUGGUUAAUGAAGAUGUGCAGCCAAUGAUCUCUCCAAGCAGUGGUGUUCAUAUCGUUCUUCCCGACUAUUACUCUCCUGAAGGGAUGGGCUUGAUUGUUCCUAAAACUAAGGAUGGGCGAGUAGUUUUCAUGCUACCGUGGUUGGGGCGUACGGUUGCUGGCACUACGGAUUCUAACACAGCUAUCACAAUGCUGCCAGAACCCCAUGAAGAUGAGAUUCAAUUUAUUCUAGAUGCUAUAUGUGAUUACCUAAAUGUCAAGGUAAGACGCAUGGAUGUCCUCUCUGCUUGGAGUGGUAUUCGCCCAUUGGCAAUGGAUCCUUCGGCUAAGAACACUGAGAGCAUAUCGAGAGAUCAUGUUGUGUGUGAAGAUUUUCCUGGGUUGGUCACCAUCACUGGAGGAAAAUGGACUACAUAUCGAAGCAUGGCAGAGGAUGCCGUUGAUGCCGCCAUUCGAUCAGGAAAGCUGAAGCCAACUACCGAAUGCCUUACUAACAAUCUAAGACUGGCGGGUGGAGAAGGAUGGGACCCUGCACAUUUCACUGUCCUUGCCCAGCAAUAUGUACGCAUGAAGAGGUCAUAUGGAGGUAAAGUCGUUCCGGGGGCGAUGGACACCGCUACUGCAAAGCAUUUGUCUCAUGCAUAUGGUACACGUGCUGAUAGAGUCGCUGCUAUUGCUCAGGAUGAAGGAUUGGGGAAGCGGCUUGCCCAUGGAUACCCCUUCCUGGAGGCCGAGGUCGCAUACUGCGCUAGAUAUGAAUACUGUGAGUCCGCAGUGGAUUUCAUUGCUAGGAGAUCAAGGCUUGCCUUUCUUGACACUGAUGCUGCGGGGAGGGCAGUGCCCCGUGUGAUUGAGAUUCUAGCAGCAGAGCACAACUGGGACAAGUCAAAGAAGAAAGAAGAGCUGGAGAAGGCGAGGCGGUUCCUGGAGACUUUCAAGUCAUCGAAAAAUGCUCAGUUCCAUGAUGGAAAACACAAUUAACAGAUGUCUGUGGCCGACUUCCAUCGGAUAAAAAAGCAGGCGAUAUAGUUUAGAACAUCAACAUUGGUAAUUUAUGGAGACAAGCAGAGGUUUAUAAUCAUUUUUUUUGUGGGGAUGCAUGGAUGAGACAUCCUUCUGUGCACUGAGCUUCCCAUAAAGCAUCACAUUACAUUGACGGAGCUCUUUUUGCUUGAUCUCUUGAUUCUUUUGGUGUCAAUAAAUUGGGGAUUCCAUUUGAGAAGGCAAA